GAGAAGGUAGGCUGCAGUACUGUCGGGUCUUCAGGGUGGGACGGAGACUCAGUCGCAGAGCUGCAUGUACCCCUUUUCCACUGCACGCUACCGGCUCGGCUCGGCUCGGCUCGCUUCUUUUGGCUUUCCAUUGGACGGUACCACGCAGCCGAGGCCGAUACUAAAAGGUGACGUGAGAAACACCUGGCCAGCGGUCAGAGGGAGAUUGAACAGCUGUUCUGUUUACCGCCAGGAAAUGCCAACGCGAGACCUGUAGCUGAUCGUCUGUCCGUGUAAGAAUUGGUUUCGGCGAAUCUCUGACAGUCCCACCGCUGCAGCAUGAGAGCCUACUUGUGGAGCUGCCUCUUGGAGAUUUUCUGCAUACCCGCUGUGGUGGUGCCCUGGACUGUUUCUCAACAUCCACCUGUUGUCUCCCUGACGAUCAACUCAUCUGCCGAUGUGCUGUGCUCGACGUCAUUGCUGGACCCGUUGGCGCUCUCACUGCGCCGUUAUCUUCGUCAUGACAGCAUGAUUGCGUACCUGUCCUUGGAAAAGAAAAGAGUCACAAAGGCAACCACAAGUGAACACUUGCAGGGUCGAUUCGACGUUCUCCCGAAACCAGAGCCCGAGCUGGGCUUUGGGCUCACCUUGCGGCUGUCCCCCCUCGAGCUGACGGACACAGACAUAUACUACUGCAGCUGGACAUAUUUCAACGCAACGACAUUCACAAAGGAGUCCCUUCAGAGCAAAGGCACGCUUAUAAUUGUCAGAGAAACGGACCCUGAGAAGUUGUGUGAUGGCCACAAGAUACAACUCAUCUUGGUUUCACUGAUUACCAUUGUGUUUGUCUUGAUUCUGUCCAUCGUCGCUGUAGCGUUGGCAUGGAAAUGUACAAAGUUUAGAAAAGUCUACAGACCGACUGGACGCUUGCCAAGAUCUAUACCAAGGAGGUAUAAUCAGACAUACACACAGCAAACAAGCCCACAUGUCUACUCAAGCACAGCUCCAUGCAGCUUUGACUUCCGAGGCAUUUCGUAAUGCCGAAUGAAGUGACGGAAAGGGCUUGACGAGUAAUGAAGAUAAAGAUGUCGGUUUAUUUUCUGCAUCAGUUGGACCGCAAUACCCUUAUUACAAGUUGCUGUUUUUGGAAAGGCAUAACUCACUUCGUGUAAGGAGGGCAUAUACUCAGCUAAGUGACAUUUGGUUUAAAGGCUGCCCCCUCAGACAUGUCGCGUAGAGUGCAACUGAAACAGAAAAAGUCUGUCGUGAAAUGUAUGUUUUUCUUUUUUUUGGCAUCAUUUCCUUUUGUGUAUAAAUGUGUUUGUUGAGCAGAAAACUGACUCACCCACCACAUCCUGACAUUGUAUUGGUUACAUGCACAUGUCUAGUGUCAAAACUGGUCUGCAUUGGUGUGCAGAAAUGCACAUGAAAUAAAACAAAAAAGUGUGAAAGUACACCAGGUCAACGUACGUUCGCAUUUUUUCCACUUUUAUUUAA